UACAUCUUAAACAUUCAACGCUUAAACACGCAGUUGUAAAAAAAAACUCUUAACAAAAUGAAAUUCAUCAUUGUUUUCGUUGCUCUCUUCGCCCUUGCCUUGGCCAACAAAGAUGCUGAAACUUUGCGUUACGACAGCAAUGUUGAACCUGAAAACUACAACUAUGCCGUAGAAACCAGUGACGGAAAGAGUGCUCAAGAAGAGGGACAUCUUGAAAAUGCUGGCACCGAAGAUGAAGCCAUUGCCGUACGUGGUUCUUACUCUUACAUUGGUGAUGAUGGUCAAACUUAUCAAGUCAACUAUAUUGCCGAUAGAAACGGUUUCCAACCCCAAGGUGCUCAUCUUCCAGUUGCUUAAGUAGCGGAUUUUGAAAAAAACAAAGAAUAGACUGUUAUUAGAUGUAUAUAAUUUUUUAGAACUUUUUUGUUUUAUGUUUUAUUUUUUUUUUUUCUGUUUUUAAUUUUUUUUUAUUUAAAUUUUAAAAUAAUAAAAAAAUAAUUAUGAUUUUGUAAA